CCUUCAGGAGUCAACGGAGUCAUCUGAAUUAGAUGUGCAAAGACGUUCUGUCAAUCAAUCGGAGAAUAUUUCUGAUGAGAGAGCUGCCACUGUUGACCAUAACAGGACAAUUGCGAGCGAUGAUUCAUCGGCAAUGAAGUCACUUCACUCAAACGAAAAUGACGACAGGUGCAGUUCAAACAGCACCAACGAUAUACGCAAUGGCUCCUCGAAAAAUACACCUAAUGAAACUACUAUGAUGAAAAAACAAGCCGAAACGACUGAUUUUCGGAACUCUAGGAGCACUAAAGAGGCUGGUUCUAAAAAAAGUAACGCUGAAAUGACAUUUUCGAAGAAGUCCGGUGCUGAUCCGAUUCAUGCAGAGAAUUUUCGAGCUAAAACGAAUGAUGCAAAUAAUUUUCGUCGAAUGAAUGUCAUAAAGGAUUCAAGUGCUGAAACAAAUGUUACAAGUAAUUCCAGUGACAACAGGCUUCCUAUGAAUAAUUUUGACGAAGUUGCAGACAGUAUCCCAGAAAAACUCGAGAGAGACAGCUUAAGUUCAGGUGGAGCAGACAGGAGCAGCUGUUCCUCGGACGACCCUCAGGACUCUGCACACCCGCUAGACCGACUUGACCCACAGGAUCCGAGGUCUGCGCUGCCGCCAGACCGGCAUGACCCACUUACCGAAGGCUCCGCAACAGCAGCAUCGGUCAAUCCCGCCCUCCCUGCAGCGGCCAAGCAAGCGGUCGGUGGCAAAUGCCUCAAGGAGGUGGCACUUGGCGCGGCGUCUGGCACUGAAGAAGAACACAAAGAAAAAAACCAUGCAUCUGAGUCUUCGCUUAUGCCUCAAACACAUGCCCAUGCGCGCGCUUCUGCCUCUUACUCUACUAGCUCAUCUGACAGUCAAACUUCAGUAGUGUCUCAAGAAACACUCAAUAUAACCUCGGAUGAAUCUGUCCGUAAAAACAAUGUGUCUGUUUGCUCUGAACAUAGACCACUGGCUUCACGUUCAAGUGACAGCUCAUAUGCUCCUAGAACGCAACUGAAGAAAUUUUUCUCGGGCUUGGCCGUACUGGGGCUCAAACGAUUCUCCUCUAAAGAAGUUUCCAAAAAUGGAAACGUUGGUGCAGUCAUAGAAGAGAACAGAAAAGAGAUUGCGACCGAAAACGAUUCUAAUGGCACGGGGCGUGAUUCUGUACUUUGCGAUUCGACGUUGUCAGAUGUCGUGGUGGGUUGUCAGGUGUCUAGCGCUGAUAACAAAGAAAGCCACACGAUUGUAGCCGAGAAAGUCAACGGACCCGCGUCCAUUGUGUCGGAAGUUGGCCAUUAUGAAGUGCCGCCAGUGUCAGCUACCAUGACCAGUCUUGAUUCCGAAUCUGACAGCAUCACGAGCUUGGAGAGUGUAAUUUUCAAAGGCGCUGGUGCGUCAGGCGCAGAUGUUAGCUCACCUGCUAAAAAAGCCACGAGUAAGCGGGAUAAGUAUGUCGUUAACCAUGGUCAUGAGAGCGACACCAGCGAUUUUGGUAAAUCAGCAAGUGUAAGCACAGCCUUGAAUAUUGAUUCAGACACUUCUUGGGACUACAUUCGUGCAGAACAAAGCAAUUUGCCCGCACAACGUAUCUUUUCUUCUACUGCUACCCUGAGUCUUACUGGCGAGUCUAUCUGUGGUAGUACGGAGUCAAUUGGUCCCCGCGUCAUUGGCAACUUGAGGCGUAGAAAGAACGAUGCUUGUGUUGUAAAGUCUAUUCCUGCUAACAUAGAACAGUUUUUUAGUGAAUUGAAAUGUCAUGAAGGCCUGCAGGAGAGUGAUGGUACAGUAGACGACGGGCAACUUGAUGCUUUUUUAUGUCCCGACAACCUUCCUUCAUUCGAUUCUGACAGCGAUAACAAGAACAAGUACGACGUCAACACUUUAAACACGAACAGUUCGAACUCAUCUGCUCCGGCGGUGCUGCUUCUCAAACAUCACGCUUUUACUAGCUUCGAGUCUCUAGCUUCGCGCCGGAAUGAAACUCAGGAUAGCAAGGAUACGAAAAAUCCUUCUAAUGCCGACGUUGAGAGGCCCACGGAGCUGCAGAUAUAUGGCUCACGUAACGGGGAAUUACUUUACGGGGCACGGAACUCGCUUGUAUUCCAAACCAUGCACGGGGCUUACGUGACACGUGAUCCUCCUGCCAGUCAUCUGUCAACUCCUCUAAUUAUUCGUAAAGGCAAAGCUAUCGAACUUACUGAGGAAAUGUUCAAAGCUGCUCAUGACUCAAUUAAUACUGAAGUUAAACCACGUGUUCAAGAUGAUGAUACAAAAGUGGGGGAGAACGAUGACCCUCCGGUCUCGAAAUCAAAUAAUAUUGACUCUGUUGAAAGUUUAAGUGACGAAUCUCGUGAAACACAAGAGAAAUCCAUUGAAAGUCAAGCUGAGUCAUCAGUUCUGAUUCCUGCCGUCCAGCCGUCUCCCAUUACUGACGAGAAUUCAUUGAAUUCUGAAGUUGUUGACUCUGUCAUGCGUACAUCUGAAUCGGUUGAAAAAUUUAAAAGGGUUCAAAAAGUUGGAGUAGCCGUAAUGGGCGAGAAAAAUAACGACAUGAUGAUCCGCGAAUUGAAAUUGAAAUUGCGACGAAAGUUUGUUGCAGGCGAAUGUGAUGAGAUCGAUUCACCAGACGACAACACUUCCAUGAUGAACCUUGUAGACCAACCUCCUGGCGACGACGGAAAGAGUUCAAUUGCCUCCAAGAGGGAACAGCUUGCUCCUCACAUGAGCAGGAUAUUCGGAUCCUUUCACGAAAAAUGCCGGCAGUCAUUAAACAUUCCUCCAAUCGAAAAUAACUUGAAAACACGCAACACUAAUGAAAUCGAAACAAGAAGCAACGCCUCGAGUGGAGACAAAAACUUGGAAAUGAAAACUAAGGUGUCUUGCAGCGGCAAAAAAGCAAGCGAUAAAGAACGCGAGUCCAUAGAAAUACGGGGCAGCGAUGGCACACUUGAGCAACUCUGGCUGCCCACACCCGACUACACUCCGCUUUCUACGUUGCCGCGUGUUCCUGUCGUUGAGAUGGAUGUCAUCAGUAAGCCGAUGCCGACCAUGAACGUCGACGACCUGGAGAGCGUUGAUCAAGUGAUGAAUUUUGAGCAGCGUGUGCCCACACCUGAUUACGACUGCACUCCCACGCCAUGUCCGGAGUGCGACGAUGAGUCUUUUUGUUCAUCGCAACCUCCUGGUGAGAAAUCCUGCGUUCAGGCUAACGCACUGCCAAAGAGAUCCGUUCGUUUUGACUUGGUGAAGCAUAUGGAGGAAGUGUCGCCGACCUGGUCUGACAUGGAGAGCGUUAUAUUUGCUGAGGACCGGUCUUUCGGAUCACUUUUGGUGGACGGAGUUCAUAAGAACCUUCAGCUAGCUGAGAACAGCGGAGGUCGCAUGGACUCCUAUCAAGACUGCCUCUUGUGGGAUCAAAUGGCCAAGAUGAGACGCAGCCGCAUGCCUGAAGACAGAGAGAGAUGGAAGACGGAGAAAACAAAGCGUAUGCUACUCUGGAUUCACAUGUCCACUAAUGACGAGAAAACCCAGAGGUGCUACAGAAGCUUUUGGUGGAAGGCGAAGCAGCGCGCAUCGGUGAUGUGGAUUGUCCAGAAAGCGAACAAGAACAAAGUGCCUGCAGAAUACCAAGACCCUUAUUACCGGGACCAUGAAGGUCGGGAGCACCUGAAGCCUGGCAUCAUAGCUCAACUGGCCAACGCAGAUCUCUACUGCUCGGCGCUGGCCAACAUUUAUGGCGACCCUCACUUCUUCAGCCUCAGCCACUGGAAGGUGAUCCAGGCGCUUGCCAGGAAGGGCGUGUAUGUCGCCGAGCCCACGGAUGUCGCGCUCAAUGAGACCAUCCUACUGCAGGACUCCCCUCUCAAGAUGUCGGCGCAUCUGGCGGUGAUAGAGGCGAUGAUGGCGCUGUACAUCCGUGAGGUGGUGGUGGCAGAACGCGUCGUGGCGACGCUGCAGAAGAUCUCAGGACCUAACAGCACGCACGCCGCCCCACAGGACCAGGAGGAGGCCCUCGUGCUGUGGGUGGCUAAGGUCACCAGCGCCCUGCAGGAGAGGAUAGCCGCUCAAGUUACCGACGACGGACAGCAGUUGCCGGAGUUCCCCCGUAUCCAGGACCUGAGCGACCUGAGCGACGGCAUAGGACUAGCUGCGCUCAUCUCGUACUACUGUCCGCACGAGCUGCCCUGGGGCGAUAUAGCCGUCGCUGACCCCCCCUCCAUGGCUGACUCCCUCUAUAAUAUUGGACUAGUUAUUAAGUUCUGUCAUGAGGCGCUGCCUUACAACCCAUGCCUCCUUACUAAAGAAGAUAUCGUCUACAUGCACAGUAGUGUGAAGCAGAACGUGCUGGCGUUCGUGACGGAGUUGUUCUUCCUCCUGGAGCUGCAGCCCGUGGCCUGUGUCGUCACCAACACGCGGAGACCUUCCAGCAAAUACGCCUCUCCGUCUGGUCCUUCUUCGGCCCGCUCUACUGGGUCCUCGAUGGCUUCAUCUUCUUCAUACUCGGGCCAAUCUUCUUCGGGACACAGAAAGGCGGGCCACAAACGUUCUGGGUCCUACACUCAGACUUAUAGAGGCGGUAGCCCCGUAGACACUCGGUCUGAAGGAGGACGCCCGCGCAGCAGCGAAGCGCCGCCUGCAACAAGCGUGGGCUGGGAGAGCUCCUAUCCUUCUUGGUGGUGGAAAUGUGACCAUCCUGAGAACGAUAAAGAUUGCAUGUACUGUUGGAAGCGCCAUACCUCUCGCCCGUUUGUGUCUCAGUACAACUUUUACGCCAACAAUCAGCACGGGAAACGAGACGGUUCACACACUCCCGUGUCUGUGGACGGGCGCGAACUGCCUCCACUAACGCACAACUCGCUACAGCAGCGACCUGCAGGAGGAGGUGGAGGUGGAGGCCGGCCUUACGGUCAAUAUCCUCAAGGAAUUAGCUACACAUUGCCCGCUAGAUCAGAGUCUAGUCGCAGUGUGAGCCACGUUCAUAGCUCAUCUAGAUCACGGAAGCCUAUCCAUCACCCGCCGGCUGGCUACCGCAACAGCCACCCUGGGUUCUCUGUAGGUGGCUAUGACCCUGAGUACCUGCAGUACCAGCAUCACACCAGCCACUAUGGUGACGGCCAGACCAACGGCUACCAGGGCAUGCGACCGGCCGGCGCUCCGAGCGUGCGUCGGAGUCACUCCAUGACGCUCCACGACAUGGCCAACGAGUCUGGCGGUGGCGUGGCUGUCGGCAGAAGUCGGCUGCUCGACAACACGCAACACGACAACGUCGGCUCCAGUCAUAGCGAUUAUGGCGGCCGGGAGAGUUCGAUGAGUGAUGGUCCGGACGGCGAGUUCGUGGUGCAGAGAGCUCGCGGCGUGUCGACGCUAAGCGACAUGAUCAGAAGUAACCGCGACAUGGACGCUCAUCACCGCGACCGUGGAGGUGGAGGUGUUGCUGCUGGUGACAGCCACGAGGCUUCCAACUGGUACGAGGCACGAAACAGACGUCAAGACGACGACACGCGCUCUCGUAUCAGUCAGGAGGACGAUGACAUCAAGAUGUACCGGAGAGACAGCCAGUAUGGGUCCAUACAAGACCUCCAGCAGACUGAGAAGCUGCCUCCCGCCGGUAUGCCCUCGAGAUUCGAGAAUAGACCUCAGGGGCGGUCGAGAUCACGAAGGAACUCCAUCAGUGCUGAGGAGUCUCAGCUCACUGUUGAGAAUUUCGGUGGUAGCCAAGAUAAUCUCAAUGACUACAUCACUAGAAACAACGACAAAGAACCUGCACACAUUGGUAGAAGGGAUAGCAAUCCUCGACAAACGCCGCACCAGAUCGACAACAGAGUCCUAGACAAGUUAGAAAGAGAAGCUAUAGAGCGGGAGAAACGGGAGUUUAUGUUUGGUAGUAAGAACGCAUUUUUUACCGAAGAUCCACCAUCCUACGAACCUCCUGUCCCGCCCAAGUCUCAGAAGCAGAAGCAGCCUGACUCGUGCAGUGAAGAUAGCGACAUAUCCUCUGACAAGGAGAAGCUCUCAAAAGCCACCAGCUUUGCUGAGCUAAGUAAAGUCAAGGAACAAGGUAGCAACAUUAACGUCAGCUACAUGGCGGGCGAGGAAAAAAGAAAUGAUCUCAGAAAUAACGACAAGAAAACCUCUUUCGCUGCGUUACCAAACCAAACAACGUGGAAGCAGCAAAUUGUACAGAGUCAACCGAAUGACAAAAAUAAUGGAGAUGGCAACAUGGAGCCACAAGUGAUGGAACCUGAGCUGCAUAACGUCCUCCUCAAGCUCGAGGAGAAGCGGCGGCAAAUCGAGAGCGAGAAACGCAAAGCCGAAGUCAAGUUCACCAAACAGCGACAAAAGAUGGGCAAGGAGGCUUUCAUGCAGGCCGUCCUCCAAGGGGCCCGGGCUGGGUCCAGCAGUACAGGCACCUCGACACCCAACACGACAUGCACCACCAACACCUCAGAGCCUGACCAGCAGCAGCUGGACCAGCUUCUGCUGGACUCGCUCAUGGUGCUGGAUGAGGCACGGCUUAUACAAGACUCCAGCUCGGCCGCCCUUGGGCCCGGCGACGCCAAAAGCAAUGAUAAUCUCGCCCCAUCCUUGCCAAGCCUCGGGGCGUCGUCCAGAAACAAUCUUCAGUUGUCGCUUAAGGAGCUGGGCAGUGACGUGGCUGAGGUGUCGAGGAAGUGGCUGGAGGCAGGCGGGGACGCUGGGCAGCGCUCGCCCAACGUCGACAACGCAGACUACGAACAAUACCAACAGGACGCCGACGAUAAAACUCUCGUGACGCUUCGUCGCCGUGAGAGCAUCGGUCUGGACCUCGCAGGAGCUCCCUUCCUCUCCCGCCCGUCAAUGAGAGAAGUCGACCCCAGGCGCUUCAGCCUCUACCUUCCUCCUACGCAUGCCAAUUUUCCUGCUACUCCUACCCAUCCUUCUUCGGCUUCUUCCACACCUACUGCUGUUCCCCCUUACUCUUGUUCGCGGUUGUCCUCGUACGGCGGCGCUUAUAUGUCCCCCCAGUACCGACGUUUUCCUCCCAUUAGGUCGCAGCUCCCUCACUCGAGCUCCUCUGAUGUAGCGCCUGCUCACUACCACGACAGGAUGAGCGAUUCCCUGAGUGAGAUACAAGGCGACAUCCAGAGACUGUCCUCCCAGCAGCAGCAAAUCCAGGGGCUCAUCAGGAAUGGACAGAAUCAGCAGUUCUACCUUCAUGACCAGUCGCCCAGCGGGAGCGGACGACGGAUGUGGGGUGACGCUGGCCCCGGUAUGGGGGGCGGUGACCCCUACAACUCACCUUCAUCACGACGAGCUCAGUGGGGCCCUGUCAGGCCGCCUCAUGAUUACUACCAACAUCCUGGAUACUACGGCCCUCCUGGCGGCUACCAGCCUCUGCCCUCCCUACAUCCCCAACAAGGGGGCUACGUGCUCCACCACUCACUGCCUCCACAGCAGGGGGCACCUCACCCCAUGUAUCCUCAGCAGAACGGGCAGCAGCAGCAGCCCUACUACGGGUCCCCCAUGGGGCCUCAUGAUCCUCAGUACAGGGGAGGAUAUCCUCCUCACCAGUACCCUCCACAACAAGAUGGACGAGCCCCGAGUGGACCGGCGCCAUUCCGCCUGCACAGCGACGCUCCUGACGACGGCAGCUCCCGCGGCCCCGCCAGCCUGCGCUCCAGUGCCCAGAACUCGCCCAGCCGUCAGCCUGGGCAGCACCUCAACUACAACUACCCUCAGCAGUCCUACCCUAACCAUGGCGGUCCAUACAGUCCUCAGUAUAAUCAAUCUCAGUCGCCAUAUGCUUAUACCAACAGCCAUCAACCCCAGCAAAACCGCCAGUCAGUUAGUCCAGGCCGCAGUGUCAAGCCUGAUAUGAAUUCUGUGUUGCAUGCCCCUGUGGCGGCGCCCCCUCCUGACGACAUGGAGCCCCAGAACGUUUCGUUUAUCGACACCUCGCAGAGCGGCAAUGCCAGCGAAAGAACGAGCCAAGAUCGCGAGAGUGCGAGCCAGGAUCGCGAGAGACCAUCAAGCCUGCCCCAGAACCAGCGUCCAUCCCAUAGCAACAACAGAAGUCGCGCGGGACGCCCUGAAGAUGACGAUGAAAGCCCCACGACGGAGCGACUGAAGCGCUUAUCUAUCGGCUCCGGUAGCCGCACCUACCGCAUCCUGGGUGAUGGGUCAUCCCCCACACGCCCCGCCGUCGGCACGAAGACCUUCCGCGUGCCGACCAAGCGCGGCACGCCCGUCUACGAUGACUCGGAAAUACCGCAACCCAACGCACACCAACGCUCGCUGUCGCCGCCGUAUCAGCCCGAGAAAGAUGAUGCCGGAACAAGUAAUGACGAACUCAUGGCGGACAUCAAAUCGGAACCGCUAAACGACAACGUCACACCCGAAAAAGGAUUCUACAUUUCGUUUGACGGCGACGGACCUACGAAACGCAAACCUUUGCUUAGACCCAAGAAAUUCACGAGAAAGUCUUCCACUCCUGCCACCCCGGCGCCCACGCCCUGCAACGAGGACUUUACAGUCAUGACGGAUAACGCUCCUCUGCGCAACUCGCGCUCCAACGCCUCCCUGGACCUCCUCACCCCCAGCUCUUACCGCCGCCCCUCCUCGACCUUUUCUCCCACCUCUCCUACCUCGCCUUCAGGGCCCUAUUCCUCCAGCCUCACCCGCUCACCCUUCUCCCCCUCCCUCCGCUCGCUGAACAGUAGCGCUUCCCCACGGGCGAAUGGGUUCCCUUUUAGUAAGGGGAGUGGUGGGGAGGAGGUGAGUGCUGACAGCACAGGGGAAAGCUGCGGCGAAGAUCUCCCUGUAACUCAAGUCUUCAAGGGCUCCUCCACAGCGCUAGUGAUCGGCGAUGAAGCCAUUAAUGAGGAGUCUACGUUCUCUGACAUGGAGCGCAAGAAGCAGCGUCUGAUGAUCAUGUCGAUGCAGCGCAAGCAGCAGCAGGAGGAGAUCAAGCGAGCCAAGGAGCUGGAGGCCGAGCAGCGGCGGGAGCACGAGAAGACCGUCGAGGAAAUGAAGAUGAGGAAGAAAGAAGAGGAAAAGCAGCGUCGCGAAAUGAUAUUAGAAAGACACAGAAUCAAGAAAGCCAUCGAAGAAGCGGAGAAAGAGGGCACAUACUACCAGCCCCCUGCAUGGUACGUCAUGGAGCAAGCCAACAGCCAACCAUCUCGAGCUGCGACCGUCAGAAUGCGCAGCAAACCUGGCGGUGGAGGGCGCCCGCGGCCCAAGACCAUGUAUGAGGGCGACGUCGCUGACGGAGAGAAGGGAGCACUGGGUGCUGCUAAGAGAACUAGGGGCAGCACUCAGAACGUGGCCGCCGCACCUGCCGAGUCUGGCGGUAUUCAUAAGAGUAGCGGACGAUGGGGUUCAUCUCACUCGCUGUCCCGCGCUGCUGGACCUCGCGGAUCUACAAACAGCCUCAGCGGAGAUUACGGAAGCAGCAGCAGCAGCCGCACGCUAGAGCGCCGUGGUGGAGCUCGCCGACCUACCAGUGUCGUGGGANUUAACUUUAUAAAUAAUUCCCUUCAACGUCACCAGUCUGCCAAGUCUCUAUACGGGUCACGUAGCAACCUGCCUCGCAACACUGACGAGGAGUCAUCCCAAUACCGAGUGCAUUCCGCCGCCCGCCGUCCGGGUAUGAACACCGAAGGUGGUGGUUCAAAUCUGCGUCGGCCGUCCGGUCCGUCUUACAGGGGUGCGGGUGGUGGGUCCAGGAGGUAUCGCUCUACCGGCAACCUCAGUGGCGCCAGCGAGCACGACAGCCUCGUGUACGGCAUGAGUGAAGACAGCGGCCUGGGUCGCGCUACGCCGCCUCGCCGCGCCGCGUCCCCUGGCAUGGGAGUGGGGGCUGGGGGAGGAUCUACCCGCCACUUGCCGUCCCCCUCACAACCAGGCUCCCUGCCCCCCGGCCUCAUCACGCGUAGGAGACCAACUCUGGGUGGUGGCUUUGAUGACGCUGCCAGUGAUAUAUCUACCACCAGCUCCACCAUGGACUUCACCGGCCCAAGGUUAUUCAAGCAGCCGACGUCGAAGAGCAACAGAAGCAUCGUGCUAAACGCUGUCGAGUUCUGCGUGUUCCCUGGCGCGGUCAACCAGAACAGCAAGCAUCGCGUCUUGGAGGAAAUCGCGCGCUCGGAAGCCAAGCAUUUCCUCUUUCUGUUCCGUGAUGCUGGCUGCCAGUUUAGAGGACUUUACUCCUAUAAUCCUGAGACGGAAGAGGUCGACAAACUCCAUGGCACCGGCCCCAAGAGAGUGACUGACAACAUGUUCGACAAAUUUUUCAAGUAUAAUUCGGGCGCUAAGAACUUCUCUCCUGUGCACACGAAGCAUUUGACGGCCACCAUCGAUGCCUUCACCAUCCAGAACUCCUUAUGGCAGGGCAAGCGCGUCAGUGUCGUUGCCAAGAAAGACUACGCUCUGGUCAUAUAAUAAUACCCAGCUCUCGGUUGUAGGAUAAUAGUGCCGGAGUGAAUGUCUUAGUAAGAGGCCUCACCUAGAUCGUGGUCUAUUUAAGGACUUUAGAGAAGUUUUAUCAAACUACUUUCACGUUCCAGGGAUGGUCUAUAAUUCCAGGGUGCCUCCACAGCAACAUCAACAAUGAUGUCGUUGAGUAGGAAAGAUCAUUAAUUGCUUAGCCUUAUAUUUCGUUAUCGAUGAAAUCCAGAUCAAAAAGAAGAAAUGGAACAUUAAUUUUUCACGCGCCUCAGCCUGUUUUUCACAAAAAAUUUCGUCGUCCAACGUUUUGGGUUUUCAUCAAUUUCAUCAAAGAUUAAAUGAUUACUAUUAAGGUAUUUUUAAGCUAUCGUCGAGUAUUUCAUGAUAUGUACUGAACUAACACGACGCUCUGAGCGUCUAGCUGGACCUGAUAAGAGAAGGUUGGUUGUGGCACGGACUCCGACAGUCGCUGUCACAGUACUAAUUAGAAUUGGGUGCCGCGUUCUGCUGCUUUUAACUUCACUUAUUAUAAUACUUGUGAUCAAGAUGAACAUUACAUGUGAUAAGUAACUUAAGGUAAAAUGCCUAUGUGCUCUGAUUGAUUAUGCUGGAUGUGACGUCGGCAUGUGAAUCGUCGCUGACCAAUUUCGACAAAAGUCAAUUCCCUGCGCUGUCAAUUUUUGAUUAAUUUUUGUAUUCAUGUUCGAUCGCAUUUCGAGUUGAAUGAUGUGAAACACUAAUUGGUGUUGCUGGGUAUUUAGUUCGAAUAAUUCUAUCCUGUUCGUUGUAGGUUUUGCAUUGUAUGUGUAUAUUUUAUUUGUGAUGACUUUUUAUUGCCAUUCCAGUGGAAAACAUUCUAUCAAGUCUAUGAGAUUAUUUUUUUUUCGAUCACACUCGAGAGUCAUUUUUUGCAGACGCACAAUCUGUGCAUUUCCUUUCCUUAAAAUUUUAAACUGGCUCUCGUAGUCUCUCCGCCAAUUGAGUCAGUUUCAUUCCAUUCUCGGUGUAUAAAAUUUCUUCAAGCAAUCUUUUCCAUUCACCCAUUCAUUAUGAGUGUUGCCUGCUUCCUGCGCGUCUCGUUCAGUGAUAGUGAGCGUUUGUAUUUACUGCUCCUGUAUUUAUGAAAUGAAGUUCAUGAGUUCCAUUUAACUUGAAACAUAUUCCUUCACAUGGUCUUGCUGUGACAUCCACAAUUAUUCGUUUUAUUCUCAUUCAUGACACGGAGUUAACAGAAUCUCAUUAUAGCGCUAGUAUUUGUCAUGCUCAUGCACAUUUUUUUGUAUCCUACUGCUUGAAGCCUUCAGUUGAUAUCGGGAAUCGAACACCACGGUUUUUGUUGAGCAAGACACAUUGCAAAAGCGUUUGAUGUUUAUUAUCUACCGCUUAUAAGUUAGUCUAUCUCAUGAUUACUCUGAUUUGAAUGGCAGAUCUUUUAACCCCCAAUUAUCAAACGGUACCCCUGUUCAAGUUCUGAAAUAAUUUCCUUAGAUGAAUUACUUUAAUUUUUCUGAUAUUUUCUACGCCUUUCACGGAUGCUAAACCAGUUUAUGUUCAAUUCCGUCUGCAUCCGUACAAUUUCUCUGUUCACAUUCAGCGAAUUUGGCUUUGGAUAACUCCAUCUUCGUAGCCGUUCUCCGGCAAUAACAAGAUUUGACAACUGAAUGAAUCCUCGUGAAUUUUCUUCGAAUUUCUUAAUUCUUAUUGUUUAUUUGAAGCCAAGCAUGCGAAUUAUUUUUCGCUUUCUCUACUCAAUCGAUUCAUUCAUAGGUUGCCUCUUCACAAUUGGAAAGGUUCGAGGUUCGUAUGAAAUGUCAAGUGCUCUAGAAUUCAGGUGUUUUGUAUGUUUUUUGACGAUGUAAUUCAACGGAUUUCCAUAUCUUUCAAAUAGGAAUGCAAAUGUUUUCAAAUUAGCCCCGACUGUUUUUUGUUUGUCUUUUACUGUGCUCAAGAAAAAUUAACUUCCUCUCAUAAAAUUUCUAGUUAUGGUUCACAUUCCUAUUAGUGUCUGUAUUGACAUUAAUUAUGUUGCACUAACUCACUCAUUCAGAUCAAAGUUUGACCAUAAGUAACGAUGACGUGCCAACCUAACUUUGUGACCAGCGAUUCUAUCGUCAUCUUCAUUAAUUCCCUAGCGCCUUCUAUUCGUUAAGAGUUGACCGAUAAUUUCGCUUCAUAUACGAUGCACUAUGUUGAACAACUACCGCUCAGAUAUGCUACUCACGCUCGCUCCGACGAUGAGUAGAGAACGACGAAUAAUGACGAGGAAUUUGACGCCAUGGCCGAAUUUUUGACUCGUGCAGGUCUUCAUUAAUUGACGUGACCUCAAACAUUAUUCGUCGUCUUCGUAAUUAAGGAUUAACCGUUCUAAGAUUAUUAUUAUUAUCCUAAUGAUUAUAUGUAUUAAUUCUAACCAAGGUGCUUUAAUUCGCUCCUAACUGGCCGCCAACUUUGGUUACACACGCUGCGUUUCUCCCUAACUUUUAGCUUGUGUACAUUUGCUGUACAGAAACAAAGAUGAUUGAGAUGCGCCGCUGUGCACUGGACUGGACUAUUUUUAAAGGAAGAAUUAACGCUUGUGUGAGGCGUUGUGAUGAACCUCUGUAAAUAUUAUUGUUUUUAUAUUUAUUGUCCCCACCUUAAGCGAGAGUGGGGCUCAUGAUCACGGUCCAGUGUAUGCUUGUUAUCAGUUGUAAACAAAAGUCUUUUAUGAAGAA